CGGCUUUCACAGAUGCGAUUCGGUUCUUCAUCCACUAGCUCUGAGUGAAUGUCAAUGAGUAAGGUCUGGUCUGGAAUCACAGUGCUGGAUUUUGAUGGACAUAGCCUACAGUAUGCUGAAAUUGAAGUUUGGUCUUCUAAUAUUCUUUGCUGUGGUAUAUUUAUAUUGGACAUGGUCCAUAUAUAUCAAAUCAAAUACAAACAAAUACCCUGGAAAAACACAUUGGCAAAUUCUCAUAAGUGAGAAAACAAUAACUCAGAUAAAAGACACAAAGCAUUUAAUGGUGUCUGCCUACAAAGACCACAGAGUGCAUGGAGCAAUCCGCAUCAUUAGUAUAAUCAGAAGAGAUGAUCUCCAGCCACUUCAUUGUUUUUUCUGUGGUGGACAUGGCUGCUUUCCUGCCUCAGUGACACAGGUAGAGAUGCACAGCGACCAUUUUGGAUUCCCCUUUGUGACCACAGAUUUGCUGUGCCAGAGUCCAUCUAUGUAUAAUGUGACACAUGUCACUAUAUCAAUACAUUCAGAUAUCAAUGCCACCCAAAACCAGCACUUCCUGUCCAUACAAAACAAAGAGCUGAGAGAGAAGAUAUUUCCAUACAACUUUACAGUGUGCAUCUCCAACCUUUUCGGGGGCUACAACAAUGUCCUGCAGUUUGUCCAAACUAUGGAGAUGUACAAACUCCUUGGGGUGCAGAGAGUGGUGAUCUAUAACACCAGCUGUGGUCAGGACUUGGAACCAGUGUUAGUUCACUACAGGGAAGAGGGCAUACUGGAGAUAGUAGAAUGGCCGAUUGACCAGUUCCUCAACCCAUCCAAAGGCUGGAGGUUUGAGGAGCACAAAGGAGAUCUCCACUACUAUGGGCAGCUGACCACUCUGAAUGAAUGCAUCUAUAGAUACAUGUACCAGUCGAAGUAUGUACUUCUUCAUGACAUUGAUGAGAUCGUCAUGCCUUACCAACAUGCCAAUUUGCAUCUACUGCUGGGGGACCUUCAACACCAGCACCCCAGAGUAGGAGUCUUCCUCAUCGAGAACCACAUAUUCCCCAAAAACCAUUACGAAGACAGUGGCAAGUUCAAACUGCCACAAUGGAGGGAAAUUCCAGGGAUCAAUAUCCUGGAGCAUAUUUACAGAGAACCCUCGAGAAAAGCUGUUUACAACCCAACCAAACUGAUUGUCAACCCUAGACAUGUGGUACAGACAUCUGUUCACUCUGUACUGAAGACUUUAGGGGAGACCUUCUGGGUACCUCCUGAUGUGUGUCGGCUAAUACACGUCAGAGUUCCCCUGCAAGGGAGCCUGACUAAAGAUCAGCUGCUUGUGGACAAAAAGCUGUGGGAAUUUGAAAAGGAUCUGGUUCAAAAUGUUGACAACACUUUAAUAAAAUCUGGACUGUUGCUUUGAUGAUGCAAAUCUGAUUUUGACAUUCCUUUGUCAUUUUUGUUUCUUGGCCUAUUUCAUAUGAAUAACAGUCUGUUUUGCUCUAGCCAAGCCGUGAGGACUCGUUAGAAGGUAAAGGUCAGCCACAUCCCAACUCAGCAGAAAAUGACUGUGCGAUAAAAUGAGAAGGGAACGGACGAUUAUUGCAUUAUGAUCAUCGCUGAUGUUUUCCUGAGCUUUCCAAUAUCUAUCUGAUGCAUUUCACACUACAAACCAUACUUCCUUCUGAUUUAUUUUUGGCCUAUCUUUUUUGCCAUGUAUUUGUGUGUUAUUCAGUGUGUUGCUAUGGGUUAAUAGCAUUAAGGCCAAAUUCAAUGUUUCAUAAAAAUAAAAAUAAAUAUUUGUUUAUUAUACCCCCAGGGGUCCUAAAAUAAAACAGCUAGAUGGUCCAUGUAACUACUAUCUUAAAACAAUUCCAUAUGCUAGGUUAGUAAAUUUCAUACAAAAAUGGCAUAGAUUCUCAGUUUUGCCACUUUUGUUAACUCUGUUUAUGUCAUUUAUUUGACAAACCUGUCUUUAACUUGUCCCAAGGACCUCCCCUCGUGUAUAAAAAAGGUGGCGUUACAUUAGAGUAUGUAACGUUUUCAGCCAAUUAUUCAGCAAUUAUCAAUAAUUUACUGAAUAAUUAAUAACAUUAAUAACAUUAAUUUCCAUUUGACAUUUGCGUGUAUGGGUGUGUACUAUUACUGUCUGUGAGUGUGUAUCAUUAUUUAGAUUACAUAUUAGUUCCAGGUCCUGUGGGUGUUGUAGAUGUUGGAAUCAGCUUUCCCAGACACAAUCACAUAUUAUUUCAUCUUUAUUAUCUAGGUAAAUCACUGUGUAUGCAUUGUGAUUUUCAAUAAACCUUAAAGUGUUCACAUGCCACAUCAAAAUACUACUGUUAUUAACAUGAUAUUACAGUAGGCAACGAUUUUGAACAUUGACCCUGAGUAAAAGGUUAUUUUCAGGUCACGUGCAAGUUUGUGUGAACAAGUUGGCAAAUUGCCAUGCAUUUGCUGAGGCCACAGAUUUGUGUAUUUCAUUCCUUUCAGACAAUUUGUUCUCUCAGUCUCUAGUCCAUUUAAUGCAUAGUGGUAGAGCUGUGAAAUCAUAGUACUAGAUUUUUACUCUAUCCUUUCUAUCUUUCUAGAGCUUCACAUGCCAUUUCCACAAGUAGUUUCCUGUGCAGGAAGCCUGAACCUAUGAUAUCCUGUGAGAAAAGACAAACAUAAUUAUGUUGAGAUACUGUACUAGAGUCAUGAAUUAAAAUGAGUCUUCCAGUUAAUAUGUACUAAAAGUGGCCAAUAGCCAUGGGUCUGCAAUUUAAAUAAUCAAGUUUAUGAAGGUAGAAAAUACUGUAAUAUUGUAAGUUGUCAAGUAUCUUUCAAUUGCACACUUUCAAAUGAAAGUCUUUGAACUGAAGUGAAAAACCUUGACAAUAUGUGCACCUGCUUCCUCUCUUCCUGUUUCACAAACACCCGCUUCCUCUCUUCCUGUUUCACAAACAUCCAGGGCUGGACUGGCCAACGCCUUUCGUCCUCAAGGAAAGAAAUUAUUUACCAGCAAACAAAAACUGCUAAUGUGUAUUCACCGUCAGUUAUACCCACAUGCAUUUAUACCUGUCACUUUAGUGUUAGUUUCCAUACAUUCUGCAUCAUUCCAUUCCAUUGUUUACCUUUCUUUCCUCUGUCACGUUCGUGUGAUUGUUCCUUAGGUUCGCUAGCAAUAGUGGGUCAUAUGGCUAACAGAUUACAAUUUGGGCAAUAAUUUUUGGGCAAAUGCCAGAUGGGCUGGUCCAUUUUUAGCCCACUGGGCCGGUCUAACUUGUUUUUUUUUGUGUGCAAAAUGACUAUUAUCUGGCUAAUACUGGGGGCCGAUGUGGGGGCCUCGAGGAAAAAAAUGGGCCGGUGAGUUUUUUUUAGAGAUGGGCCGGUGUGUUAGAAAUGCCAGGCCCGAUUUCUUGUCGCAGUCCGCCCCUGCAAACACCCACUGAAUGUGGUCCUCCACUUCCAACUUCUCUUUGAUUUUGGGGUGUGUUUUCAUGUAUACUAGUCAUUGAGUAUGCUUUUGGUUUACAAAUGAACAGUUGUAGUUCAGCACAAUGUCUUUGCUACUUCCCCCCCUCCAUGGUUUUUAACCCUGCACCUUUGAAACACAUUUAGAAAGAUGGAUGGCUAAAUCAGAAUACUACAGCCUAGUGACUAAACUGGUUUAAGCAGAAAGGGACAUUUUCUCUGAUGUCCAUAUUAUGGCCCUGCUACUUGAGGCCAACUCCAUUCAGCACAGAGUCUGAUAAGUGCAAUCAAUCUCAAACGGUCUUGUACUCCCUGCUUAAGAUGGUUUAGUCCAGGCCAGGGGAAGAAAUGCUUUCUUAUCGGUUUGAUCUUGCAAUGCAAACACCAUUUGCCUCACUGCUUCGACGAAGCUAAAGUCAAGUACCUUCAGAAUAGCACCUUAUAGCUGGUUCAUGUGACAACAAUGACUUAAAAAAUGAUAGAAAAACUGAGAUAAGAUAAUAUUGCCACACCUGUAACAUUAUCACAAUAUAAAUAGCUACACGCCAUUCUAAUGCUAUAGGACCACCUGUGGAGUGUUCAUUGUAAUGAAUCCAACCAAUCAUAUAAAAAGGUCAAUAUUCUUUACAAGAACAGAUUUUGGCAAAACUGUGUCCCCACAGUUUAAGAUCCAUUUCAAUCCAGUUUACUUACUGCACCACAGAUACGUGUCCAAAUAUGCAUGAAAUCCUUAGUGAUAAUAAUGUUUGCCUUGUCUCAUGAUUAGUGCUUUCUUGGCUUGGUUGGCACGCUCUGUCUCACAGACCUCCAGGCUGUGGGCCUGAUUCUACAGUGGUUGGUGAAGGAGGGGUCAGUGGCCUCUCAGGGGCACACGCAGUCAGUUCCAGCCUUCAGCUG